AUACCAUUUCACCGGCAUUGCGAAAUCGUUAACUGUUCAUUCAAGUUUACUAAACGUAAACACAACAGUUUUCAAACUGUAUUCUACAACGUGUAUGCCUACGGCCGCAGGUCUGGAGACUUUAAGCUUUAACUUUGCUGAUUCUUUAAUAGACUCAACAUGCCAAUCGCCAAACACGGACGGCUCUUUAACAUUUGCAACGAUGGAAUCUCCGCGAAUGUAUGAAGAGGUGCUCCCGGACAUUAUUGUGCACAAACGAGACUUAUCAAGUUCUGCGUUCACUUUUGCCGAAGACACUCAAUUCAGUGACAGCUUAGGUCAAUUUGACCCGACAUUAGAAACCGUGGUGGAUCUCCAAGAGCUCAUUAACAGUGCUAUCCCAACGAUAGCAAGUGGAGAGGGACCGAUGAUUUUGGACAACUUUCUGACACAGGGCGAACUUGACCUUGUGGAAGACAACAGCUCCACUGGGAACAUUAACGGUGAUUUCCUGGAUAUUUCGAAGUUUGUUCCGGAACCUGCUCAGAAGCUCUGUAUGACACACGCAGGCGACUUAGCAAGAAACACAAACGGCCGCGUGGGAAACUCGAUCCUCACGAUAAAACAGGAGGAUCUCAUCCCAAGCUGCCAAGGCGGUCUGUCGGAUGGAUUCGACUCCCAGAUUUGCGCUGCCGACAGCCAGAGCUCCUGGUCCCCGAGUUCUAGUCGCUGUACAACGCCCGGGUCACCAGUUGUGUACGAGUGCCGGAAACCAGGGCGGAAACCAUCCGCAAACGGGCCAAUUCGUCCACGAAAACGGGAACCGCCAAAGGACACAGCAGAGUAUUACGAGAAACGCGCGCGGAAUAACGUGGCAGUGCGUAAGAGCCGCGAAAAAGCGAAACUUCGCCAAGAUGAGACUGAAACCCGCGUCAGUCAGCUUUCAAACGAAAACGAACGUUUGCAAAAGAAAGUGGACUUGCUCACGAAAGAGCUUAACGUUCUUAAAAGCCUUUUCAUUAAUGUCGGAGCGUCAUUACCUGACAAUUUUGAAGACAUCAUUAGCAGAUGACGAACAUUUAAUGGCUGCUGACAUUAUAAUGCAACGUAGCUCUAGAUCAUCAUUUUUAUUUCAAAUUUUUAUGCAUAUUCCGUGUUGUUUGUGUGAACAGAAAUGUUGUGAUUCUUCUUGCAGUGCAAGACGUGUGUUUCUAUAUAUUAUCUUUAUAUUGGUCAUUAUAUAUGUUCAGAUCCAUCUUUUGUACGACUUUACUAUUAAUACCUUAUUUAUAUUGUUAUUUGCUAACGUUUGAUAAAGAGGUAUAUCAUAAUAUCUUGAUAUUACAUAUGGGCAUAAUUAAAUAGUUUAUAUAUAUGUUAUUCGUUUCAUCGUACGUACAUUGCUUUUUUGUACCUGAACCAAAGAAAUCGAAUCAAACGCGUCUAAUCGAUUAUGAACAUGAUGAAAUCCUCUGUACAUGUUACGUGGAGAAUUUGUAUGUUUGUCGGAGUUUAAUUCCGUCAUUUUUUUAUAAUGUUAUUCUUCAAAGAGUUGUUAUUCUUGCUAUCGAGGACAUACAAGCUCUUUGAAAUAAAAAAUGGCUAAACUGUA